CCGAAACGUAAACAAGGGAGUGGAAAGAGAGAGCGUGGAUGUGAUUGGCGUAAACUCGAGCAGAUAAUUCUGGGUUCAGCCAAUGGGCGUGGCCAGAUAGAUUGACGUCACGGAGCCUGGGAUGCUAGGUCGCCAGUCUGCUCCACUUGUUGAAGUGCCUCAGUCCACCCACACGCGCCAACACCUGUCAUCUCCAUCACCCACCAUCAUGAUGGACGAAUUUCUGAGCUGCGAUAAGAAAAAGGAUAAUUUCUAUGACAUUCUUGGAUGUGACCCAAUGUCUUCGGUUGAACAAAUUCAGGCAGAGUACAAGGUGCGUGCCCUGCAGCUGCACCCAGACAAGAACCCUGACAACCCUGAGGCUGAAGGACAGUUUCAGAUGUUGCAGGUUGCCAAGGAUACUCUUAGUGAUCCAGAAAAAAGGGCACAGUACGAUCGGUGGUUGAAUAGUGGCAUAACUAUUAGUUAUGACAAAUGGUGUGGCAUGAAGCAGCAUAUGACCACUACUCUUCAUUGGGCCACUCCUAACACAAAGGAGAGAAUGUUGGAGCCUGGCACCUCUCAAGUAGCUCCACCUAAGCCAGGAGCUAGGAGGAGCUCUGAACAAGGCUUAUUAUACAGUAGGGGAAAGGAGUCUGUCACAGUUUCCAGACCCACUGAAGGAUGGGAACGUGAUUCUUCAGAUGUUAUGAAAAAGUUCAGGAAUUAUGAAAUUUAAGGUGGAUUUUGCAUUAAAUUAAUGACGAAUGGCAUAGGCUUGUAAAAACUGGUAAUCUAUCUGGAGAAAAAAGUCAAAGAAGAGGCUGUUUUCUUGACUCACAGUUGCUUGCCCAAAAGAAUAAAGGUGUCAGUGAGGCCAUAGGAACUCUCACUACAGGUUACAGAAAAUUAUAAAAAUAAAGCUUAUUUUGCUAUUGUUUUGAAUGCACAUAGUGUAUCCACAUGCACAGUUAGAUUAAAAAAGUUCCAAAAACUCAAUGUGAUGUGCUAAUGUUGUAUGAAUGUUAUGCAUUGAAAAAAUGUAAUGCAUGCCUGGUGUGCAGUGUAGCAGGACAGGCUGGAGAGCACAGUCACUCAGGUGGGUGUGGUGAAUUUUAUGGGAAAGGAUCACUUGGAUCAGUCAUAGACAUAUGGACACAGUUCCUAACACCUGAUACCUCUGUUCACCAGCUGUAAAAUAGGUGCCUGGGGAGUUAGGGAACUGUUGUGGGUUGCAUCCUGGGAAUGGUCAGUUGUUGGCCUAGGGAGACCUUGGUGAGUCUAGUAGGCUUCCUAUCUAUGACUGCAAGAAAACUCUUUGUUGAAUGUUAAUGUGAAACAAAUUUAUGGUGCAUUAAUUCAUCAUUUUGCAUUGUGGACAUAUCACAGGAGUGGCUGCACUUUUCAGCCAACUAUAACAGAACUGUAUUAAAAAGUAAUGAUGCAACAUCCUGUAUGAGGUUGACUUCUUAAAGACUAGGCAUGUUUUUUCUUUUGCAAUCCCUAGUGUUUUUAAAAUAAAAUCAAUCUCUGAUCUUUUAAACUAAAACAAUACUUAGUGAAUAAGUGAGAAUGUAUGAAUAAAUUAAAGUGAGAAUGUGCAUCUUGGUUGGAGGGGGGAGUGAGCUGCAGUUCUUGGAUCCCACUUCAAAACUCUUUAUCGACUGGUGCACAAGUUUCUAGGCCUAUUGAGCUCUGUUACAUCUACAAUUGAAGAUGUGUAUGGAGUCUGCCUCCACCACUUCACUUGGUGCCUUUCAUGUAUUCAUUAUUGUGACAAUUUUUUUUCUAAUUUGUCUGUGAUUUGGAUGCCAUCUGUGUCCUUGUCUCUUAUUUUCCUAAGAAUUAUGUAUGUGAGGAUCAUUUGUUCCUCAUUCGUUUUCACUUCCAGUGACGUCAGGUUCAAUUUCUUUAGUCUCUCCUCUUGACUCUGAAACUAGUCUGGUGGCACGAGCUUCAUUCAGCAUUGUUUUGUUUAUGCAACCCUUCGUCCUGUUUAGAUAGUACUUACAGUAAAGAUGUACAUAUUGAGUUAGGUAGUUAAAUUCAGGUAAAUAUAUUGAUGUAAUGGGCAAUUAGAUAGAAUUUCAUACUUUUCUCUUUAUAAAUCUAGAAAAAAUAUAGGAAAAAACUAAACUUUAAUAUUCCUAGGCCUAAUAUAGCACACACAUGUACUAUAUUAGGCUUCAGGUAGCAUGUCUUAGCCCUAAGAUGGUUUUAUUAGCAACAUAAAUACAAAUAAUUUUUCCGGUUUGUCCAAAUACAGUAGUACCAAAUUUUACUAAUUGUCCAUUAUGUCGCUAUAUGUAUGAUGGUCCACAUCUUUACUACUGUAUACAGUAUAUACUAUCUAUACAGGACGAUGGGCUGGUUUAAUGAGUUAAACAUAUAUUCCAGAAUUGGUCUGACAUACUGUAUGUGGUAUAUAAGGUCCUAAAUAACUCCCUGAUAAGAUUCUUAAGGCAUUUCUUGUAUGCGAUAACCUCACAUAUGCAGUUGAUGAUAUUCAUUUGAUGUGGGCUUCUGUUGACAGUUUUAGUGUAAUAUCAACACCAAUUCUUUUUCUGUCCAAUUUCAGGAGGGAUUCCUCUCCCAAAUGAUACCUUGCAUCUGGCUUCCUGCUCCCAGCUCCAUCACUUUGCAUUUGCUUGAAUUAAACUGCAAGUGCCUAGCUCCAGCAAGUGUCUUCUUAUUUCAUCUCUGGUUAUUUCAAAGUCCUGUAUCCUGAUUUGUCACCAUUCCUUUUAGUUCAGGAAUUUCCCCUGUCUAUUGGGAAUACAGUAUCUGGAAUCUUGUACAGAGGUCUUCACAGACUGCUGUCAUUCUUGGUGAAUGAAUCCUCUCAUAUCCUCAGUUUCUUCAUCUACUCUUACUGUUGUUUAUCUCCUGAUGUGGCUGUGAAGCAACUUUGGAUGGGUCUUUUACCUGCAAUGUAGUUUUAAAACUCCCUGUUUAACUUCUUGAGGUAUUUAUAUCUGGUCCUGUGGUAUCUGUCCCUGCUCUCUUGUAAUUUUGUUCUUGAAGUGUUUCCAUUGACUAAUACCUAUGCACUUCUCUCACUUCAUUAUAUCUUUGGUUAAACCAUGGGUUAGUAAUACACUUUUCAAUGUUCUUCCCUUGGACAUGGAUAAGUAAGCAGGUGUAAAAGUGUGUGUGCGUGCAUCCCGAUACCUAAAGCCUCACCAAGUGGAAAUUUAGAAGGUUCCUACAUCUGAUACAGACAUGGACCAAAGCUACUUAAUAUAUUAUGUUUUGCAGGCCUACUGUAGGAAGUUAUGAUGAUGGUAUUUUUGUCACAUUUUAAUUAAGUGUAUUAUAAAUGUGCACAUGUUUUGGCCAAUUUAGUGUAUAUUGUUUAGAAAUACUGUAUAUGUAAAUUAAAUGACCUCUUACAGCUAGUUUA